AUGAUCAACCUUGGCUUAGAGCGAAUUGAGCGACUACUCCAGCAUAUUGCUCGCAACAUCUUUGAGCAAGUCAAUUUCAAUCCUCCAUGGAAGGCUAUACAUAUUGCUGGAACGAACGGCAAAGGAAGCGUUGCAGCAUAUACUUCCUCCUUAUUGCGGAGGGCGGUGACUCGUAAAGAUGGUCUCCCAAUCCGAAUAGGACGAUUCACGUCACCACACUUCAUAGAUCGCUGGGACUGCAUUUCGAUCAAUGAUCAGCCCGUGAGCAGAGACGUCUUCGAAAAAGCCGAGAAGCAGGUCUACGCGCUCAAGCACACCGUCAGUAGCGAACUGCGUGGAGAAACUUCUACUGCCUCGCAUACCUCCGACAAGCAACUCACCGAAGAUGAGCUUCGUAGAGAGACUGAGCCUACAGAAUUCGAACUACUCACAGCAACAGCCUUCAACAUCUUCUCCCAACCAGAUCCGAGACCCUGUGAUAUCGCCGUUAUCGAAUGUGGCCUGGGCGGUGCCGAGGAUGCCACCAAUGUUCUUCCAGAAAGUGCCAUCGGUAUGAGUGUCAUUACCAGGAUCGGACUUGAUCACCUAGGUAUAUUGGGCAACGAUGUGAAGGAUAUCGUACGCCAUAAGGCUGGUAUUUCCAGAAGGGGUAUCAAAGUGAUAGUCGAUGGGGACAAUGAACCAGAGAUACUUCGCCUGAUCAUGGAUGCAAUCAGGACGAAAUGCAGCUAUGACGAGAAGACAGCAGGAGAUAUGGUAUCCAUAGUGCAUGGGAACGAAUUGCACGAAUCACUGGUACCUGGCACAAUUACUCGACAGAACCACCCAACUGCUGGCUCUAACAAUACCCUUCCAGAAACCCUGCAAAGUCUAAUGCCACAUCAAUGGUCAAAUCUAGCAGUUGCACAACAGGCAACUAUACACAUACUGCAUCAGGACUACCAGAACUAUGACUCAUUAACAUACAGCAAAGCCAUCGAGGCACCGAGCUCGUGGCCAAAGCUUCUCGAAGAAGUACUCAGAGACGCCUCUAUCUCUUACCCUGCGCGACUGCAGCGCUUAUCACCUGGUUGGCUAAAUGAGAAGGACCGCGACACCUUUCCUCUGUUGAACGAUACUCCCGUCCUCCUAGACGGUGCACACAACGAGCAGUCAGCCGAAGUACUGCGAGAUUACGUUGACCGCGCAACUGGCUCCACCAGCACCACAUCGAGAAGACCAGUGAUAUGGAUCUUGGCUCUAUCCUCCACGAAAUCACCCGAAGGUAUUUUCAAGACUCUGCUUGGGCCCAGGCAGCCUGUGGAUGCACAUGACACCUUCAUUGCUCAUGCUCAGCAAACGAUCAUCUUCACCUCCUUCGGUCCUGUGGACAACAUGCCGUGGGUUAGGCCUGCGCCUGUACCGUUACUCAUGUCUGCGAUAGACGACGCUGUGAAUCUUCCAAUAAGUGUCAAUAUCGAGCACGGCACGACUAACAUCAGUGAAGCACUCAAGACAGCUGAAGGAAUCCUCGCUAAGUACGAAGGCAAAAAGGGUUCUGAAAAGCCUCUUGUGGUGAUGGCUGGAAGCUUAUAUAUGGCUAGCAAUGUUCUCAGGAUGGUACGAGAUGGCAGAGAGGAAUUUGAACGAUGGUGGGAUGAGUCGCAGAGAUGA